CAACCCCAGUCUGGUUUGGGAGCCCCCAAAAAAUGUGUCGUAAAUAGAAAAAAUCAGCACCCAUCUUGUAAUAGAAUGUGAAAAAUAGUGAAAACCGAGGGUCCAGCGAAUCAAAACCAAACUACUUCAGGAGAAAAUUGUCGAAGGUGAACAGAGAGCCCCUCAGACCGAAAUUUGGGACCUAGGCUUGUUUGUCGAGGAACCCAAACUCUAGAAUCCUACCACACCAUUUCAGUGUUAGUGUUUCUGCUCAAAAGCUACUGUUCUCAUAUUGGUUUCUCUCCACUUAUUCCUUUUCUGCGCAAUGGAAGAACCUUCGAAUUGUGCUCCCAGUUUGCCCAAAGAACCUGUAGUGUUGGAUGUGAAGCCAUUGCGAUCCUUGGCUCCGAUGUUCCCUGCUCCACUUGGGUUGAGCACAUUUUCUCCUCCUGAGGCCCCUUCUUUUGUUUGUGUCACACCCUUUGGUUCCUUUGCUACUGCCGCCAAAUCUGUGUAUCCUUCCAGCUUCACUCCGCUGUUCCCAACUUUUGCUGCAGCCCAAGACAUCAACAAGAGACCUGUGGAUCCAGCUUCUCUGAACUCUGAGAAUGGAGCUGCCCAUAUUGGAGAAGGUUUUGAUGCUAAUAGCUCUAUACACGACACACCAUGCAGUCGUCCAUUUCAGACUCCACCUGUAUUUGUCAUGCCCUUGAAUGAAGAAGACUCAUUGGUGAAUUGUGCCACUUCAGCAUCUGGAAGGACAAUUAAGCGGAACAGCUAUCUGGUGGGUAGUUCAGAGAUAGAGAGCACUGACGGGAAGAAGGUCAAGCGCCGGAGGGCAAGGAGAGUUCAGGGUAAUGACUUGUUAGCACUGCCCUCCUCGUCAGAUGAACCCCGUGAGUCUGUUGAAGUGGUCCUUAUGACGUUUGAUGCCAUCCGAAGGAGGCUUCAGCAAUUAGAUGAAAUAAAGGAUGUGAAACAACGUUCGGAUUUGAGGGCUGGGACUGUCAUGAUGGACAAUGACCUCCGGGCUAAUAUGAUCAAGAGGAUAGGGCAAGUACCUGGAGUUGAGGUUGGAGAUAUUUUCUACUUUAGGAUUGAAAUGUGUUUGGUUGGGCUGCAUUCUCAGAGCAUUGCAGGAAUUGAUUAUAUGACUACUAGGUUCGGGAAUGAGGAUGAUCCUGUGGCUCUUAGUAUUGUUUCUGCUGGUGUUUAUGAAAAUGAAGACAAUAACGCGGAUGUCCUGAUUUACAGUGGCCAGGGAAGUUCUAGCAAGGAUGACCAGAAACUUGAAAGGGGUAAUCUUGCUUUGGAGAGAAGCUUGCACCGGGCUAAUGAGAUUAGGGUCAUUCGUAGUGCUAAAGAUUUUAGCUGUCUAAAUGGCAAGAUUUAUGUCUAUGAUGGCCUCUAUAAGAUACAUGAGUCAUGGGUGGAGAAAAGAAAAUCGGGCUUUAAUGUUUUUAAGUAUAAAUUACUGAGAGAACCGGGGCAGCCUGAUGGAACUGCAGUAUGGAAGAAAACUGAGAAAUGGAAAGAAAAUCCAUCAUCCAGACACAAUGUCAUAUUACCAGACAUAUCCUCUGGCAUUGAAAAGAAACCUGUUUGUCUUGUAAAUGAUGUUGAUGAUGAGAAGGGACCUAGCCAUUUCACCUAUACCACUAAAGUUGAUUAUUUGGGUCCUAUUAGCUCAAUGCAACCUUUGCAAGGCUGCAACUGUAAUAAUGUCUGCCUCCCAAGUGAUGUCAAUUGUUCUUGUUUGCAGCAAAAUGGGGCUGACCUUCCUUAUAGUUCCAUUGGAAUCCUUGUGAGUCGUAAGCCUUUAAUAUAUGAGUGUGGUGCUUCUUGCCAGUGCUCUUUCAAUUGCAGGAACCGAGUGACGCAGAAGGGUAUCCAACUCCACUUUGAAGUUUUCAAGACAAGGGACGGGGGGUGGGGUCUUCGUUCUUGGGACCCUAUUCGGGCAGGCACUUUUAUCUGUGAAUACGUAGGCGAAGUUAUUGAUAAAUGUAAAGUGGCUGAAACUUGCGAGGAAGAUGAGUAUGUCUUUCAAGUAAUGCAUGCUGACCAGACUUUUAAAUGGAAUUAUGGACCUGAGUUAUUGGGAGAACCUAGCCAUCUUGACUCAAGUGAGUCUUCUAAGACGUUGCCGAUUAUCAUAAGUGCAAAGAAUAUGGGCAAUGUGUCCCGCUUUAUGAAUCACAGUUGCUCUCCUAAUGUCUUCUGGCAGCCAGUUCUGCAUGAUCAUGGUGAUGAUCAAUAUCCACAUAUCAUGUUCUUUGCAAGUAAGCAUAUUCCUCCCAUGACAGAGCUAACCUAUGAUUAUGGUCUGAGUGGACGUGAUUUUAGCAAAGAUGAAGAGAUGAGAAGUGGUGGUGGCUAUCGAAGAACCAAAAAGUGCUUAUGCGGAUCAUCUAAGUGUACGGGCUUUUUUGGCUGAACUUUUGGUAAACUAUUUAUGGACAGGCGAACAUCGGCCAUUCUGACAAAGUUUGGAACAGUUAACAUAUCUUAUCUUGGCAAAUCUCUUAAAUAGCAUAGACUUUCCAUCUUUUAUUUUAUUUGCUUCACAUAAAAUAUUACCCUUCUGUAAAGCUGUAAUUGUUGAAUUUCUGCUGAUGGCCAUUGUUAUUUUGGAUGAACACUGUGACCCCACAUAUUCAAGUCUCGGAUUUCAUAGAA